UGUUUAGCAGCUUCUCAAACCCAUUGUCUAGCUUCUCCCUCUCCACCGAACCCACACAACCGUGUUUCCCUGUGUCCUGUGCGUGUGUUUUGGAGCUCCAGGCGUAGCCAUGGCUGAGGUACUGGCCACCAUGGUGGUCGGGCCACUGGUGUCCAUGGUGAAGGACAAGGCCUCCAGCUACCUCCUGGACCAGUACAAGGUGAUGGAGGGCAUGGAGAAGCAGCAUGAGAUCCUCAAGCGCAACCUGCUGAACAUCCUGGACGUCAUCACCGACGCCGAGGAGCAGGCAGCAGCCAAGAGAGAAGGGGCGAAAGCUUGGCUGGAGAAGGUCCGGAAGGUGACCCACCAGGCGAAUGAUGUCCUCGACGAGUUCAAGUACGAGGCACUGCGCCGCAAAGCCAAGGAGGAGGGCCGCUACAAGGACCUCGGCAUGGAUGUAAUAAAGCUCUUCCCUACUCACAACGGUAUUGUUUUUCGUUACAAGAUGGCAAACAAGCUCCGUAUGAUCCUGCAAGAAAUUGAUGACUUCAUCAAAGAGAUGAAUGACUUUAGGUUCAGGUUCAAACCAGGGCCAUCAGAGCCCAUAAAUUACUUGAGGCAGAAUAAUUCUGAUAUCAUCAACCCUGUGAACAUUGCUAAAGAAUCAAGAGCCCAAGAGAAGAAGGAUGUUGUUGAUAGAUUACUUGCUCAAGCUAGUAGCCCGGAUCUCACGGUCCUUCCAAUCGUUGGAAUGGGGGGAUUGGGCAAGACCACCUUGGCACAGCUCAUUUACAAUGACCCUGAAAUCAGGAAGCAUUUCCAGUUGUGGCUUUGGGUGUGUGUCUCUGAUAACUUUAAUGUGGAUUCCCUGGCUGAUAGAAUAGUGAAAGAGAAUGGUUGUGAAGCAAGUGGAAGUUCAGCACUGGAGAAGCUUCAAAACGCAGUGAGUGGGAAGAGGUACCUCCUCGUAUUGGAUGAUGUCUGGAACCGUGAUGAGCACAAGUGGGAAAGGCUGAAGUCCUACCUUCAGCAUGGUGGCAGUGGUAGCUCAGUGUUGACAACAACUCGCGAUGGAGCAGUUGCUGACAUAAUGAUGUGUAAAACUGAAGGAGCCUAUAAACUUGAAAGCUUGGGUGCAUACUUCAUAGAGAAAAUUAUAAAGACAAGAGCAUUCAGAUCACAAAAAGAAGAGGAAUGGCCUGUUGAACUAGUUAAAAUGGUCGGAGAAGUUGCCAAGAGAUGUGCUGGUUCUCCUUUAGCUGCUACAGCAUUGGGCUCUUUACUGCGUACCAAGACCACUGAGGAAGAAUGGAAGUAUGUACUAAGGAGAAGCUCGAUAUGUGAUGAGGAAACUAAAAUUUUGCCAGUACUCAAGCUUAGUUACAAUGGCUUGCCAUCAUAUAUGAGGGAGUGUUUUGCUUUCUGUGCUAUGUUUCCAAAGGAUUAUGAGAUUGAUGUGGAAAUGCUAAUCCAAUUGUGGAUGGCCAAUGGUUUUGUCCUAGAGAAACAAGGAGAACAUCCUAAAACCAUUGGAGAAAAAAAUUUCAAUGAGCUGACGUCGAGGUCAUUUUUUCAGGAUUUGAAAAGCGUCCCAUUUGACGAAAGAUUUUCUACUUUUAUAACGAGAAUGGACAUGUAUUGUUCUAGAAUUACUUGUAAGAUCCACGACCUCAAGCAUGAUGUUGCAGAAUCUGCUAUGGGAAAAGAAUGUGCUGCAAUAACUACAAGCCCGAGCCAAAGUAAGGAUGCUCUUCAUUCAACUCGUCAUUUGUAUUUAUCAGUCUAUCGACCAGAAAAUCUUCUGAAUGCUUCCCUAGAGAAAGGAUCUCCAGCUUUCCAAACAUUGAUAUGUGAUGGAUAUGUAAAAGAAGAUAUGAAGAUCUUGUCAAAAUACAACUCUAUCAGAGCUUUAAAGAUCAAACAGGGCUCAUUCCUAAGGCCAAAAUAUCUUCAUCACCUGAGGUAUCUUGAUCUCUUAGAAAGUGAUAUUGAAGCGCUUCCUGAAGACAUCAACAUCCUAUAUCAUCUGCAAACACUGAACCUUUCUGAUUGCCGUGAUCUUCAGCGACUUCCAAAGGAACUGAAGUAUUUGACUUCCCUCCGUCACCUCUACACUCACAAAUGUCCAAAGUUGAAAAGCAUGCCCGCAGAGCUCGGACACCUCACUUCCCUGCAGACACUUACAUGCUUUGUUGUAGGUACUGCCACCGGUUGCAGUAAUGUGAGAGAGCUGCAGAAUUUGGACCUUGGUGGUAGACUAGAGCUAAGACAGCUAGAAAAUGUCGCAAGAGUAGAUGUUGUAGAAGCAGCAGGUCUUGGGAAUAAGAAAAAACUGACCGAACUGAAGUUAGUAUGGACUAAUAAUGACCAGCAGGCACAGAAUAAUAAUCAUAAAGAGGUGGUGCAAGGUCUCAAACCUCAUGAUGGGCUGAAGGCCCUAAGGAUAUAUGCAUGUGGGAGUAGUACUUUUCCAUCAUGGAUGAAUAUGUUGAAUGGCAUGGUGAAGUUUACGUUAUCUAGAUGCAAAAAGCUCGAGAAGCUUCCUCCACUCUGGCAGUUAUCACUUCUAGAAAUUCUUCACCUGUAUGGAUUGGAGAGUUUACAUUGUUUGUGCAGCGGUGGUACGACACCAGUCACAUUUCAGAAACUGAAAGUGCUUACUUUGUUUCAGAUGCAAAAAUUUGAGGCAUGGGGGGACACAGAUGCUGUACAAGGAGAAGAGCCGAUAUUUCCCAAGGUUGAGGAGCUGAAGAUCUGUUGGUGUGGAGGUUUGACUGCAUUACCAAAAGCAGCGCCAGUGAUUAUGGAAUCAUCUGGCGGAGUUGACACUAAGUGCUGCUCCGCAUUUCCAGAACUGAGAAAAAUGAAGUUAACGCAUUUGAAUAUGUUUGACAGGUGGGAGGCAGUCGAAGGAACUCUAGGAGAAGGGGUAACAUUUCCUCGGCUCGAGGAACUGGACAUCUGGAAUUGUGCAAGGCUCAGUGCACUACCAAAAGGGUCGUUAUUGGUUAAACAAUCAUUUGGCGGAGCUGAAACUGUGUGCCCCCGCUCUGCAUUUCCAGCACUGAGGAAACUGCACGUGUGGUUUUGUGGAAGCCUGAGUGCACUACCAAAAGGGUCACUAUUGGUUAAACAAUUAUUUGGCGGAGCUGAAACUGUGUGUUGUCGCUCUGCAUUUCCAGCACUGAGGAAACUAAUCUUAAAUGAUUUGUCGGCCCUUGAGAGGUGGGGGCAGCCGAAGGAACUCCGGGAGAAGAGGUAACAUUUCCUCUGCUGGAGAAGUUGUACAUUGAUCGCUGCC